AUGACGGACGCUUUCCCCAGAGCCCUGGCUGGGCCAUCCUCGAAAGAGCGCAAGUAUGACCGUCAGCUUCGACUCUGGGCUGCCAGCGGACAACAAGCGCUGGAGGAAGCUCAGGUGCUUUUAGUCAACUCCGAUGGUCCCUGGGAUAAUGAGGGCACUGGUGUCUCGGGCGUCGUGGGUGUGGAGACGCUGAAGAAUCUCGUCCUGCCUGGUAUCGGAGGCUUCACCAUCGUGGACCCAACGACGGUUACAGAGUCGGAUCUAGGUGUCAACUUCUUUCUUGAGGAGGAGAGUCUGGGGAAGUCGAGGGCUGGGGAGACUUGUCGGUUGCUGAGAGAGCUGAACCCCGACGUGGAGGGAAAUUUUCAGACCAAGCCGAUUGCAGAGCUCUUACAAGACGCAAACUUCCUAGGACAGUAUAAACUGGUCUUGAUCUCUGGUCCCUUGAAACGCUCAUCUCUGAACGCUCUCUCCAACGGAGCCCGCGAACUUGGCAUCCCGGUACUCUAUACACACUCGGUUGGAUUUUACUCGACAUUCUCUCUCCAGCUCCCCGCCGAAUUUCCCAUAGUUGAAACACAUCCCGACCCCGAAACGACACAAGACCUCCGCCUGGUGAACCCUUGGCCAGAGCUAGCAGAAGCUGGUGCGCAGAUCAUUAACCUGGAUAGUUUGGAUGACCACCAACACGGCCACGUACCAUACGUUCUAUUGCUUUUGCAUUACCUCGAGCAGUGGAAGGCAGCACACAACGGCAAUACGCCGUCCAAUUACAAGGAGAAGACAGAGUUCAGAGAGAUGGUGCGCGCUAGUGCUAGGAUGAACAGUGCUGAAGGUGGAGAGGAGAAUUAUGAUGAAGCUGCCGCUGCCGUGCUGAAAUCGUUGACCCCAUUCACUCUGCGCAGUACGCUCCGUGGGAUCUUUGAGAUGGAGGAGUGCAGGAAUCUGAAGCCUGAGUCGAAUAACUUCUGGAUCAUCGCGUCCGCCAUUAAUGAAUUCUACCAGAAGUACCAGGUGCUUCCGCUACCCGGUUCGCUACCGGACAUGAAGGCACAGUCGGCGGACUACGUUGCGCUUCAGAAAAUCUACAAGACCAAGGCCAAGAAGGACGUGGAGGAAGUCACAGGAAUCGUCAGACGGAUAGAGUCCCAGCUGGGAUCGCGGCCAAGCCCCGUUCCUGAAAAGGAUAUCGAGAUCUUUUGCAAGAACGCAGCUCACAUCAAGGUUGUCCUAGGCCGGAAUAUCCCGCAGCUGGACGAGGGAGAUGAACACCUGUCCAAGACAGUUCGGAACAACCUAAGUGUAAUCGAGGGCUUGCCCGAACCUCUCAUGCCGAUCUUCAUCGCCUCCCAGAUCCUGGAUGCAAUCGUCACUGACAUCCAAGAGGGGAAGCAAGCGAGUGGAUCUAUCGAUGACGAGGGAGUGUGGAGGGAUCAGAUUGAUCGCUUUGUUGGUAUUCUUCGGCGCAACGAUCCGGCCGCUGUCGACGAAGACACGCAGCAACGUAUCGUGGACGCCACUCAGGAACUCCGACGUACAGAAGGCGGCGAGCUCCACAAUAUCUCCGCUCUUACAGGUGGUCUAGUCGCGCAGGAGGCUCUCAAGGUUAUCACGAGGCAGUACGGCCCGUUGGACAAUACAUGCAUCUUUGAUGGUGUCCGAAGCCGCACCGAGAUGUACAGGCUGUGA